ACACUGAACGAAUAUUGAAUAAAAUCCCUCAAAAAAAAAAAUGUUGAACAUAACAAUAGCAACGCAAUAAGAAAACUCACCAGAAGAAACACCAAGAACAAAAACAAAAAAUAAAAACUAAGAAAUUAAAAAAAAAUCCCAAAUCUUACCUCAGAAAUAAAGGGAAAGUGGCGUAUGGAGGAGGUGUGGGAGGAGGGGCACAAUGUGAUUGUCGACGACAGCAAGGGACGCAAAGUUAUGGCAACCGCAACACCAACUCAGUGAUGGAGGAACAUGGCACACUUCGGUUAGUGGGUCUUCAGAUCUACUUCCAAUGGAGGAGUGAAGGAAGGGUCAUGACUCGUGAAUGAAAGCAACGGAGAAGCACAGAUUGAAGUGUUGUCAGCAAAGAAAGGAAGGAGAAGCCAUGAAAGUUUUAGCUGUGAGAGAGGCAAAGAGUGGCUGGUCACACUAGACACUAUCCACUAGGAAAGAGAUUGAGAAAUUGGAAAAAAUAAUGACUCUGUAAGAGAGAAUAAAAAAACAAGUUAACACCGUUUCUUAACUCUGCAAAGCUUGACACUCUCAGGUCCACUUGUUUAGUACUCAGCGUGAAACCUACCUACCAUCCAGUAGCUUCCACUGACUUUCCUUUCUCGAUUCACACAAAUCCCUUUCGAGCGGUCUGCUAAUAAUAAUACUAAGGGUAAUCAAAUCAGUAUUCAACCACAAUUCUGCUGUUGACUUGUUUGAGAUACAGCUUUUCAAGCUUGAAGCCUCUUCUAGCUCAUUAAUGGCGCGACCAUGCACCUAUAAGGUGUUCUUGAGUUUCAGGGGAGAAGACACUCGCAAAGGAUUUACUAGCCAUCUGUAUACUGCACUUGUCAAUAGGGGAAUCACAACCUACAUUGAUGACAAGAACCUUCACAAAGGCGAUCUUAUUUCCGAUGAACUCCUGAAAGCAAUUGAAGAAUCUAUGUUUGCAGUCAUAGUUCUCUCACCAAACUACGCUUCAUCCACAUGGUGCUUGGAUGAGCUCCACAAGAUUGUUGAGUGCAACAACUACCUGGGGCUACAGAUUGUGGCAGUGUUCUAUCAUGUCAAGCCUUGUGACGUCAGGCAUCAAAUUGGAGCCUUUGAGGAAGCUUUCAAGAAACAUGAACUCAGAUUCGGAAAAGAAGGUGACAGAGUUAGAAGAUGGAGAAAUGCCUUAACACAAGUUGUCAGUUAUUCUAAUUGGGACUCUGAACGAUUCGAGAACGAGGCCAUACUCGUGGAAAGCAUUACUCAACAUAUACAUGAAAGAUUGAUUAUGAAGUUACCAUCUUCUAUGAAGAAUCUCGUAGGGAUUGAUUCAAGGUUGGAAGAAGUUAUCAGACACAUUGGUCUUGGGGGGAAUGAUGUUCGCUUCAUUGGCAUAUGUGGAAUGGGUGGCAUAGGUAAGACAACUAUUGCUAGAAGAGUCUAUGAAACCAUUCGAAGCGAAUUUAAAGUUAGUUGCUUUCUUGCGGAUGUAAGAGAGAGAUCUGAGAGAAGAGGUAUUGUUCAAAUACAGAAGCAACUUCUGGAUUGUAUGAACAUAAAUUCGGAUACUAGAUUCGAUGAUGAGUUUGAGGGAAAGGGGAUAAUUUGUGACUCUUUAUGCCAUAAGAAGGUUCUUCUUGUUCUUGAUGAUGUAGACGAUGGAGGCUUGUUGGAGAAUUUGGCUGGUGAACAAGACUGGUUUGGUCCUGGAAGCAGAAUAAUAAUCACAACUAGAGAUACACAUGUACUAGAAGUGCAUGGAGCAACGUAUAGAAUUUGUAAGGUAGAAGGGUUAGAACAAGACGAAGCACUUGAACUCUUUUGUUUGAGAGCUUUUAAAAGGCCAAAACCUGAAGAAGGGUAUAUGGAUUUGUCCCAAGAAGUGGUUAAGUAUUGUGAUGGUCUUCCAUUGGCACUUGUAGUAUUGGGUUCCCAUCUUUGUGGACAAACCAUUGAUGUUUGGCGUAGUGCUAUUGAGAAAAUAAAGAGUUUUCCUCAUGACAAAAUUUUUAAUACAUUGAAAAUAAGUUAUGAUGGUUUAGAUCAUUCGGAAAAGAAUAUCUUUUUAGAUAUUGCUUGCUUUUUCAAAGGACGUGAGAAAGAUUAUGCAACAAAUAUAUGGAAAAGGUGUGGUUAUCAUGUAGAAGCUAGCAUUGCUACUUUAAUAAAUAAAUCUUUGCUCACUAUUGGUGAGUACUACAAGGAGACAUUGGAGAUGCAUGAUCUGCUCGAAGAUAUGGGCAAAUAUAUUGUAAUUCAAGAAUGUCGCGACGAUCCUAGCAAGCAAAGCAGAUUGUGGUCUUACAAGGAUGUUGAUCUUGUACUUGCACAAAACAAGGAAAUUGAAGCAACUCAUAGCCUUGUUCUAUAUAAUAAGAUGGAGUGGGGGUUUAAAGGGAAGCAGAGAGUUUUGGAUAUAAGAGAUUUAUCAUUCUCAAAUAUGUGCAAGCUAAAGAUUCUCAUUUUAGAUAACGUGAAAGGUCCCAUUCUCUGCAAUAUUCCUUGUACAUUAAAGGUUUUGCACUGGAGACGUUGUCCAAUGAAAACUCUGCCCUUUACAGAUCAAAGCUAUGAACUUGUUGACAUUGAUCUUUCUUAUAGCAAAAUUGUACAGUUAUGGGAUGGAAAGAAGGUUCUAAAAAAGUUAGAGCACUUGAAUCUGUCCAACUGCCACAAGCUGAAGCAAACGCCAGAGCUUUGUGGGGCUCUCAAUCUUAAAACACUUGAUCUUAGUGAAUGUAAGGCGCUGAAUUAUAUUCACCCGUUUCUGGCACACCACAAAAGCCUUGUUGAAUUGAAUUUAUAUGGCUGCAGUAGAUUGAGAAGACUGCCAGAAUUUGGGGAAGGCAUGAAACAAUUAUCGGUUCUUAUUCUGACAGAUACAGGUAUAGAAGAACUACCCACGACACCUGGAAAAUUUGCUGGUGUGUCUAAGUUGGACUUAAGUGGAUGUGACAAGCUUACUAGUCUUCCCUUGUCACUUGGAUGUUUCGUUGGCCUAAAGGAGUUGGUGUUGAGUAGAUUCAUGGAGCUUAGUUGUGUUCCAUACAGCACUCAUGGGUUAGAGUCCCUCACAGUUGAGGAUUAUUCUGACAGCCCAAAUAUUGUUGGACUUUUGUGUUCUCUCUCUUGCUUCACCUCUUUGAGUACCCUGAAAUUACACGUAUGCUUUGGCACCCUUUCUUACAAUCUCGGCCAUUUAGCGUCGUUGACGGAUUUGGAUUUAUCGGACAAUGAUUUUCGCCAACUUCCAAUAAGUAUUCUUGAACUUCCCAGACUUACACGUCUGCAGCUAUAUCAUUGCCGUUUUCUGGAGGUUUUGCCAGAGAUUCCAUCAAGUCUAAGAGUAUUACAAGCAGACCGUUGUUGUUCACUGGUUGCAUCCAAGGUAUAUGAUGCUAUAUCAAAAGCGUGUUGUGUCUUUGCAGAAUCAGCUAGCCAAGAUCGUGAAGACUUCUUGCAAAUGUUGAUGCCUGAGUUAUAUCAGGAAAUGCCAGCAUGGUUUGAGGAUCAGGAAGAAGAUAACGGAGUAUCACUCUCAUCCCCUUCAACUGAAAUCAUCGCACUUGCUCUCUGUUUCCUAUUAGAUGGUGACAAAUACUCUGAAGAACAGCCAUCGGUCAUCUGCAACGGUAAAGAAUUCAUCAACACGAGAUUAUUGAAGGUGUCAAUGUCAUCAUAUUAUAAGACUUUGCUCAUUCUCUGCCUGAAUGGUUACAGUUUUAGUAACCUGUUAUGCCAAGAUAAUCGCUUCCAACUGCAGUUUCCCAGUGAUUGUUGUGAAAUCCGAGUAAAAAGAUCUGGAGCACGUUGGGUGUGCAAGCAAGACGUUCAACUUUUGAAGAAAAGAAAAUAUGAAACAGGGAAAAGAAAAGCAACUCUUAAACUGAACAUGGACAUGAUAUCACAUUCUUCAGCUUCUAGAAAUAAGAUGCCCGUGGUUGACUCUCCAGUGUAUGAAGAAGAGGUAGAGCGUGCUACCACAUUACUUGCAUCUCUUCGCUUUGCUUCCCACAGCACUUAGUUCGCAUAGCUCAUGACACAGGUUUCUCAAUAUAUUACAUGUAUGAUUGCCAACCUUAGAUCUCUUUAGCUAAAUGGUUUGCCAGAUCCGAAGCUUUUGACAGAGCUCAUUGCAUCUAUCCACUGCAAUGUGAUACCAGAAAGAAAUGUAAAUCUCGGGCACAAAUGGAGCAAGGGAAGGGCGUAGAUAUAUUUGGGGCUGAUAUUAGUUGUUCUUUAUGUCACCUUUCAUGUUGUUUCAGUUAGUGCUCAAAAAUCAGCAGAGUGAGAUUUAGCAAGAAUAACGAGACAGAUUCAGAUUCAUUACAGAAGGAAGGAGAAAAUCUGCAGGCCAUAGCGAGUACGAAUGUCAACUUAGUUGCAAUUCUUCUUCAAAUCACAGAGCCGGUUGGAUACUUAACUUUCUCCUUACUCACAUGUGCUUUGUUAAGCUUAUAGAAUGGAUACUUGUCCUGCCUACUCUGUUAAGAAGUUCUGAGAUAUGCUUGGAUUCGUUGACAUGAUCUUAACAGCAAUGGUGUAAAAGCCUGCUAAAUAGAGUGAUAGUCGUUCUUUGCGGUAUGUUUCAGAAUAUCCAGGGACCUCUCAUCACAAAGCAACACACGGUGUACUGGUGGUAGUGGCUUAAAAUAAAAUCCUAGUCAUUUCUUGUUAUUGGAUUAAUUAAUAACACAUAUGAUAAUGUUUUCCUUUACAACAAAGCCAGGAAAGGCUUUUAAUUUCCAAAGAACCGUUAUUGAUAAUAUUGUUUAUACUAAUGAUUGUUUGAAGCAAUUUGCUGAAUGGGUUUCAUCACUUGAUUGUAGAGACCUGAGAACAUUGCGAAUCAUAUUGGUGGUUGUCCAUUGAAUAAGAGUAAGGUAUAUAGAUAGAGUUUAGAAAUAUUUGUAGGAAGGCUUGUGUACGUUUGAGGAUUUCAUUAUUCUUUUAACUUUCUAAUACACAUCUUGUAAUAUGUCUUUUAUUGUAAAAGCAUGAGCAGAUCCAUUUGUAUAUAUUAGUUAUGCUUCUGAGU